UCUUGAAUAAUUUUUAAACAUUAAAAUGUUUUAAUUUAUUCUUAAAAUAAAUUUAAAUAUAUCAAGAUAAUAUACAUGAAUAUUUCAAAUUCAACGAUUCCAUAUUAUGAAACUGUUGAAACGAAUAUUGAUCCAAUAUGGUUAUGUACAUUAAUUCUACUUGGUUCUGUUUCAUUAUUAGGCACCAUUGGAAAUUUACUUGUAUUAGGUGUUUAUAUACAACAACAUUUUUGGCCACAUUUACAUUUAAAAUAUAGACAAAUUUAUUAUAAUCAAAAAUUAAGUAUGUUAAAUACAAAUGAAUUAUAUACAACAACAACAACAACAACAACAUCAUCAUCGUAUCUUCAUGAUAUUAGUAAUGAUAAUUUGAAUCAUAUCAUACAAAUUCAUGAAUCAAAUGAACAAUUAUUUACUAAAACCACUGGUACACCAACAUUUUUUAUACUUGUAUUAGCAUGUGUUGAUUUAUUGGUAUGUUGUUUUGUUGUACCAUUAACAUUCUAUAUGGAAUAUAUACAUUUACAACCAUCAACAGAUAUAUGGUGUAAAACACAUGCAUUUUUAAAUAUAUGUAAUAUAAUGUUUAGUUCAUUAUUAAUUAUAGCAAUUGCAUUAGAAAGAUAUCUUACUAUAUGUCAUCCAUUACGUCGUAUAUUAACAAUGAAACGUGCUAAAUAUUUAACAUUAGGUUUAGCUAUAUUUUGUAUUCUAUAUGGUAUACUUGGUGCAUUACAUCAUAGUUUAGGGAUAACAAAUGAUGAACCAAAUAUAAAACAAUGUUGUGAUACACCAGAAAUACCAAAUGCUACUUAUAUAGAAAAAUUAACAUAUGAUAUAUUACAAAAAGGUAAUACAGCUAGUUUUAUAUUAUCCAUUCUAUCCGUUAUUAUAUUAUAUUCAUUAAUUUUACGCGUUGUCAUUAAAACACAUCGUGCUCAACGUUAUACACCAGUGAUUAAUCAUAAUACUAUACCAUAUAAUACUAUCAUAAUACAUAAUACAAAAAUGUUAAAUAGAAAUCAGAGAAGUGCCAUUUCAUCAAAUGAUUUAAACAAUACUACUACUACUACUACUACUAGUGACAUUGAACAUUUAACCAAUGAUCCUCAUCAACAUCAACAUCAUCGUAAAAGUUUAACAAAUAGAAUCAAAAUGAAUUUAUCCAUAAAAAAUAUAACAGAAAGUACAUUAUGGAGAGAGAUACGUUCAGCUAGUGUAUUAUUUGUUGUAGCUGUUGUUUAUAUUAUUGUAUUUACACCAGCAUUAUUAACAGCUAAUAAAUUAGUACAAUUUAAUUUACUUGCAUAUAAUACAUACUACUUAAAUAAUAUGUCAAAUCCAUUAAUUUAUUGUUUUAUGAGUAAUGCAUUUAGAAAAAAAUUAAAAAUUUUAUUAUUUAAUAGUAUUAUAUCAUAUAAAUGUUGUUAUAUUAAACAUAAUAAUAAUAAUAAUAAUAAAUUAUUUCAUCAUUCAUAUCAUCUUCAACAUCCUCAACGACAACAACAUCCUAGACAACAACGUCGUAAACAACAUUUAAGAGCAAGAGAAUUAAUCAAUAAUAUUAGUAAUAAUAAUAAUGAUAUGAAUAAUAAUAUAAACAAUCCUAUGAAUAAAUAAAGAUAUUUUACUUCAUUCAUUCAAUGAUGAUGAUCAUCAUCUUCAACACCAACAUCUUCAUCAACGGCAUUCUCAACGACAACAACAUCAACGUCGUAAACAACAUUUAAGAGCAAGAGAAUUAAUCAAUAAUAUUAGUAGUACUACUGUAUUAAUAAUGAUAUGAAUAAUAAGCUAAAUUAUACCAGGAAUACAUAAAGAUAUAUUUCACAUGAUCCAUUCAUGUAAUGAUGAUGAUGAUGAUGAUGACUUUUUUCUUAAUCUAAAGAUGUAUCUAUUGACAAAUUACAUUUUGUACAAUGAAUUACUCAAAUUUUACUUAGAUACACUUUUUGUUUUAAACAGUGUAAAUUCUGUCUCUGUCGAUCCUCCCCUCUCUCUGUGUGUUUGUGUGUGUGCAUGAAUGUAAAUAAUGAAUAAACUUCAUGUCAUCAUAUAUAUUGAAUUGUACACUUGGAUAUACAUCAUACAGUUCAUCAUUGAGCAACUCUCUUUUUAUUUUUACAGUUACCAUUAUUAAAAGUAAAUGGAAUCUGUUUAGCUUUUAAUGUACAUAAGGUUUAACAUCAUUCAUACAUCGUUUGAAUCAGUAGAAUGAAUAAAACUAAGUGAACUCAUGUAAGUAUGUUCUUCUCAAUACUAUCAAUGGGGGGGGAAGGCUUCGUCAUUAUGAAUAUAACAGAGUUGAAUAUUGUUAAUGUAAGCUUAAUAUAUUGAAUUUUCUAAAUGUAUAUAUUCUUCUUUUAAGUUGUAGUUUUAAAUUAUACAAUUCAAUUUAUGAUCUAUUCAACAUGAAACGGAACUUGAUUAUAAACAUUGAUAUUUCGUAAAUAUUGUUAACAUUCAUGAUAGUUACAUAGAAUAGAAAUGUUUCCAUGAUUACUCCUAGUGAAGUUUAAAUUCACUUGAUAUUGUUUACUUGUAUAUUCUUAUUGUUGUUUAGGACUGCAAUUGAUCA